AAAAAUGGUCCACAAUUUCUAAACUUGUUUUUAGAGAGUCGCAGAUGUUUGAUGAAGUUGACACAGAUGGACCAGAUAAGCUGGAGUAUCCGCUAAAUGAAAGCAAAGAGUUGGUCAGGAAGUAUAAAAUUUUCUCUGCUAUACAACAUGUUCUGUUAGUGCACCAGGGUCCAAUAGUCGAGUUCACUCUUGACAUGCAAGCAAACUACACAUGUACUGAAAUCGACCUAAUAAUACGUUAUUUGUCGAAGAACAAAACUGUCAAGAAGUUUGCACUUGAGUUGAAUGAUCCCCGUAACGAUUUUUAUAGGUUACCUUUAUCCUUCUUCUCAUUGAAUCAGUUAGCAGAUUUAACUCUGCAGGUCUGUGAGCUGGAAUUCGAUCCAAGAUCUAGUGGAUUUAGUAGCCUCACAAGUUUAUCCAUGACUUGUGUAAAAACCUCUAUGAAAACAGUUCUGCAUCUCUUAUCCAGUUGUCCAUUACUUAAAAGCCUGAAUUUGAUCUUAUUUAUUGAAGACCUCGAUGGAAGCGGUUUACAGGUAGACAUGAUUGAGCUAUUCAAAUGUUAACCUGUGAUUGAACAUCUGUCUUUUGAUUGUUUGACCAUCGAGUGGUUUUACCAAGUCAAACCUCCACGAGAGCUUCCAACCAAAUUAGUCCACCUCAAAUACUUGUGUAUAUGGGAUACAUUGUCGAAUGAAGAAGAUUUGCUCUUUCUGUUUCUCUUUGUUAGAUGCUCCCCAAACUUGGAGAAAAUUAAGCUAAGGCUAAAUCUCAUAAAUCUGUGGUGUAUUUUUUUUUUUUUUCAAUUUCUAUGCCAAUAAAACACUCACACAAGAAAUACCAACCCUUCUUGAAGUUUACCAGGUGGUCGGAUAGAAAAGGACUUUUGUGCAGUUCACUUGAUGGCUAUUUAGAUAUUUGUUUGGAGCAUCUGAAAGAAUUGGAGAUUGAAUGUUUCCGCAUUCCUGAUUUUGAGUUUCUGAAGCUUAUCUUGGCCAAGUCACCUGUGCUGGAAAAGGUGAGGAUAGGGCUUGGCCCACUAACUUCAAUUGAUGAGGAGUUGAAGAUGCUAAGAAUUGUCACACGCUUCCCACGUGCAUCACCAGUCGCAGAGAUAAUCAUUGAUCAUUUGGAAUGAUAGAGUAGUUGUGUUUACCUAUAUCCCUAUGGUUGCAAUAUGGUGAUAGUUUUGGCGUGCUUCAGAUCAACAAAGGACUUUUGGAUUUUUUUAUGCUAUCUACUAAUGUUGAGUUGCUGAUAGUUUUUUCGUACAAUAGAUCAAAGACGAACUUUUGAGCUUAUUUAUGCUAAUUUACUAAUGUUGAGUUGCU